CACGGAGCUCAGCUUUGCCGCGGCGGCGGGGCCGCCUCCUCCAUCCCACGCAGCCGCCCCCCAAAGCGGUGGGGGCGCCGGGCCUAGCAUCGCAUCGCAUCGCAUCGCAUCGCCGCGCGGGGUCGGUAAAAGAUGUUGACGAUGUUUGCCCGCCCGCCCUGCGAACAGGCAGGCUUCCGAGUGCUCUCCAGAAGUCCAACCAUUGUUGCUUUGGUAUUCCUUCUUCUAAGCAUCAUUGUUAUUAUUGCUAUUACACUUAUUCAGAUCAACCGAAAAGAGGUCCUCUCUCCAGGACUGAAGUAUGGAAUAGUGCUCGAUGCCGGAUCAUCUCGGACUACUGUCUAUGUUUACGAAUGGCCAGCAGAAAAAGCAAAUGAUACUGGAGUAGUAAGUCAGACCUUCAAGUGCAACGUGAAAGGCCCUGGCAUAUCCAGUUAUGGGAAUAGCCCUCGAGAUGUUGCCAAACCCAUUGAUGACUGUAUGAAAAAAGUCAAGGAGCAAGUUCCAUCCAAUAUGCAUAAAAAUACCCCUGCCUAUCUGGGAGCUACUGCUGGAAUGAGACUAUUGAGGUUGCAAAAUGAAACGGCAGCCAAUGAAGUCCUUGCAAGCAUUCAAAGCUACUUCACAACCCAACCCUUUGAAUUUAGGGGUGCACAGAUCAUAACUGGGCAAGAGGAAGGGGUGUAUGGAUGGAUUACAGCCAACUAUUUAAUGGGCAAUUUUGUGGAGAGAAACCUUUGGAGGACAUGGAGCCAUCCUCAUGGAGCAGAGACCACAGGUGCACUUGAUCUAGGAGGAGCUUCCACACAAAUAUCCUUCAUCCCAGAGGACACCCUGAAGACUUCCAAUAGCACAUUGCAAGUGCAUCUGUAUGGUUAUGAGUACAAUGUAUACACCCACAGCUACCAGUGCUAUGGGAGAGAUGAGGCUGAGAAGAGGCUCUUAGCAUUACUAUUGCAGAAUUCAAGAGACAAGUCCAAGAUUGAUAAUCCUUGUUAUCCUCAGAAUUAUGAAACUGUUUUAACAAUGAAACACGUGUGUGGAAGCCUUUGCACGCAGUCUCUAAGACCAGCAAAUUACAACCAAGACCAGCUCAUACAUUUCAGAGGAACUGGAGACACUGCUCUCUGCCAGGGGGUGGUGUCCUUAUUGUUUAACUUCACUGCUUGCAAUGACAAGGAGGACUGUUCAUUUAAUGGAAUCCAUCAGCCAAAGGUUAAAGGGAAGUUUGUGGCCUUUUCUGGAUUCUACUAUACAGUAAAUGCUUUGAAUUUAACUGGACAGUUUUCCCUUACUGAUUUUAAUUCAAGCAUGUGGCUUUUCUGUUCACAGAACUGGAACCAGCUUCAGUAUAUGCUGCCUAAAUUUGAAGAAACCUAUGCUAGAUCCUACUGCUUUUCAGCAAACUUUAUCUAUUACCUGCUUGUACAGGGAUACAAAUUUAGUGCAGACACCUGGCCUCAAAUACAUUUCCAAAAAGAGGUUGAUAAGAGCAGUAUAGCCUGGUCACUUGGUUACAUGCUGAGUCUCACCAACAUGAUUCCAGCAGAGAUCCAGCUGAUCCACUUACCCAUGAACCCCUCUGUGUUUGCUGGACUCCUCCUUUUCUUCACAGCACUGACAGUACUGUGCCUCAUCUUUCUUGUUUACUUGUCUGUUGUGUCACAUAUGCAAAAGAACAUCGGUCAUGUUGAUCACGUACUUGCCGCAGAAUGAACAGACUUAAUGAGAGCUGAAGGCAAAAACUUCCUCUUCGAAGAACUUUAUUUUAGAAAAUCAUGGGAGAAAUAAAAAAUAAAAAUAAAAAACAGAUCCAGAAACAAAAGUGGAAUUAAGAACAAAAAUCAAGAAAACUCUAUGACAAAAUAUUGGAUUUGUCUUGAGAGAUCUAAACCGUUGUUUCUGUAUACAGUGCGACAGUUAAGUCAUCAGCAGAUUCUCUGCUUUGUAAGUUAAACAUUUGGGAUUAAACAAGCCUGAUCACAUGAGACUUUUGUGCAAAAUUAAUAGACUUACCUGUUUAACAGUGCUAAUCAUUCCAAGGUACAAGCAAGAAGAUAAAAGAAGAUAGCAACAAUACCUGUGUAGUGCCAGAACUGAGAGAGAAGCUCAUUCCUUAAACUGGUAAGGACCUUGGAUGAUGAUUACAAGGUGUAACUGCAAGGAGCAUUGUACGAAAAAAUACUGUUUUCAUUACCAUUUAGAACACAACAGAAGAUGUAGCCCACAAGGUAAAGCUGAAUUAUUAAACUCCCUUUAUUAAUAUUUAUGAAUUUUAAAAAACCCAAUCCCAAUACUGGGUAUUCCAGUGGAAAUAUCAGAGUUAAGGUAGACUAAGAUUUUCCCUUACAGCAGAUUGAAUCCCUCUCACAUUUUUAAUAUCUAACCUGAUUCUCCAAAGCAUGCUACAAUAAAUCUUCAGAGGGCAGUUUAAUUUUCUAUCAUUUUUAACUAACGUUUAGAGAGGAAACAUUUUAAAAAUGUUCUUUUGUUGAAAUAUUGACUUUUUUUCCAUCACUUGCUUAGGUCCAAAACAACCAUAGCCUGCCCGAACUUCACAUUUAGCUGUCAUUCAGAUCAUUUGAAUACUAUCAUGAACAAAAGACCCUUCUGAAAUGGUAAUAUUAAUGCACCAAAAAUCAUUCUCCUCACUGAGGGUUGAGAGGGUAUGGAUCCAAGUUGUGAGGAGAGAGACGCAUUAAGUGAGUAGGAGUGUGGGAGUCUGGUAGUGUGAGCAGAUCUUUGGGGAAACAGGGUGGGAGGUUGCAGAGAGGAAGAAAAACCUGGAAAGUAAAAGGCAUAUGUGUGCAGAGGCCUGAAACAUAUGGAUGGAGGCUGGAGUGGAGCUAGUUGUCCAAGGCAACAGUGUCAUAGGUAGCCCCUCAAGUGAUGGUGCCUCAACACAGACAUUUUGCUCUUCUGCCAUUGGUGCUCAGCAGUGGUGCACCAGGCAAGUAGUCAAAUGUUUCUGUGUGAAGACUAGCUUAAAGGCUUCAUCCAUACUGUUACUGUGGCGCUCUAAGGAGCUUGCCUCCACAAAGCUUAGGCCUCCUAGACAAUGCUGAUUUUCCAUCUACCCAAGUCUCCAGCCAAAACCUUCUUUCUCCACACCCCAGAGCAUCCAACGUACCUUGCUUUAACCCUGCUCCUUCUACCACUUGAACCCUGCUCCUCUGCCCUGUGCUGUAGGAGCCCUUCAAACCCAGUGCCUCAACAUGAAAACACUUGGCUUCUUCCACCCCUACGUAACUCCUACCUUUCAAGCCAAGCAUCCAAAAGAAACACUGGUAAAGCUUUUCUCCCACAUCUUUAGUCACUCCCAAUUCCCUGCACUUUCACAUUAAAUUUCCCUUAUUUUCUUUUGGCACAACGUGCACCAGCAUCAUGUGCAGCCCUGGGGGAAGGGAUACAGGAAAAAGGCAUGGAGAGCAGAAGGAAGGGGUGUGUCCAUUGGCAUAGGGAAGGUGCUCCUCUCAUCUUCAUUUUUCAUCCCUCCCCGUCAUACCCGGCCAAAUUUUCCUAUACUCCCCAAAGUUCUGUUUACCCACUGUGCUCCCAAACACCUCCCCAUCACCCACCCAAGACUCACAAUGGCCCCAUGCCCUCCUUGUACCCCACUUCUCCUUGGGAUACUACUUGGAACACAUCCUCAAUACAACAUACUCACCUGGGCAUUAUCCACACCAUGCACAAGAAAAAUGCAAACUACAUCAGGACAAUGAAUUUCCUACCCUGUGUAGAAAUGUGUUAAUUCCUUCUCUACCUCCAUCUAUUUACAUCUUUCAGGAAUAUUUAAGCUGGAAAGAGGUCAGUAGGUAGCAUUAUCACGCUUAGUGUUUUCAAUUUUUUGUUCCUUAUUUCUAAUUUUUUUUUUGUUUAUACACUUUAAUUAAAGGCCCAUUAGAUGAGUUUAAAAAUGAGCUGAAUUGCCUUUUAUUUGACAUAGAAUGAUCAAAGAUCACGUUUUUUCUCACAUUUUCCUAGUGAUGAGGGUUUUCUACUUUUUUCCAACACCAAAGCAGGAAGCUACUACCCUUAAGGCAGUCUUAAUUAGCUUUCCAGCAGUGCCACCCAAAUGUUACACCACUAUUUCUGACUUGGGAGGUGACAUGUAUGGAGAAACCUGGUGUGCUUGAACAUGCUACUGCCUGGCGCAGUAGAUUUAUGAUGCAGAUGUGCUUUCAGUGGAGCGGCAGUACUGACAACUCAGCCACUUGCUAACAUGACAAUUUUGUCCAGAUGUCCUCAGUCUUUAAUGGAUUCCAGAACUUCUACAAACUGUAAUACGGUGGAACCCAGGUCAUUCAUAUCUCUAUAGUUCACCAGCUACUUGAUUUGCAGUGGAUUGAAGAAUUAAGAAUGGGUUGCUCAGCAGUUUGCUUUAACUUUUACUUCAAAGGACAUUGCUUCUCUGACCAGCUGGAGCUUGUUUGCAGUGGGCUGCAGGGAAAGCUGUAGGAAACAGCUGGAGUGCCUCCGUGGUCCUGCACAGUUGUUUGCUGCAGCUCUGUAUGCUUCCAGAUACUUCAAAUACCCUCAUCCUUGCAGGUGGGUUAGGAAGCUAACCCUGCAAAGUCUCUGGCUUCUGCCGUAGUGGUCUGUAAAUACCCCUAGAUUCUUGUUACCUUUGUUAAUGAAGAAAAACCCCAUCAAUCUGGAGUUCUCCUGAAAGCGUGGGAAGGGGAUUUAUCACCACGACCUUGGAAAGAAUCCCAGUGACAGAGCAUAUUACAUAAUGUUAAAAUCGCCUCUGUGGAUCUUGGACUAUGCUUGAAGCAGUCAAAGAUUUUAUUUAAAUGGUAAUGGCUACCAUGGAAUUUGCACAAAAUAGAAGCCUCAUUCUCUGCUGUUUGUUGACACCAUAAGAAAGCAAAUGGGAGCCUGAUUCAUGGACCAUGAGACUUCCCCACAGUUAGGCAACUGUA